UUGAUGGUUGAUUUCGACAAAGAAUUUAAGAGUUGAUAUUCCGUGACCGAUUCAACUAAAAGUAAGUAUAAAAACGUGUAGAUACUGCCUUGGUAUCUAAAACCAAAACUUGUUAUCUGUCUAGUUUACCUGCAAGGACGUUGUUUUGUCUGAGAGAAGUCAACAGCAAACUGCCAACAAAGUGACCAGUGUAUCGAAACUCUCUUUCUUUCAACUCGUACUGACCGUGAAUAAAAAUGGCCCCAGGGUCUGUUCAUCAGCGGUCGAUCGCGGAGGUAGCUACGUGCUGUACAAAUCUCUUCCAGGAAUGCAUGCAGCAAGAAGUGAUCACCUCGUGGGAAAAAGAAACGUUGAUUGGAGAUCAGAGGUGCCGCUUUAAUCUCUGGGCUUCCAAUAUAUGGGUAUUUUCACAGGACAGAGAGUCGUUGGAUUACCGUCUCAGGGAUGACCCGAGAGUUGGAGAGAUCAUCUUCCGUAUCAUAGAAGACAUUGAGCACUGUCUGGGAAAGUGUGUUACAUUUCUGCAGUCCCGUCGAGCCGUCGAGCCUUACCAGGACGGGGACCCAGACCGAAAGCUGGACACUAUUAUGAAAGAAUGCACCGACGCCAUAACCCUUCUUUACCACUUAAACAGUGUGGUUUACAGAGCUGUCGCGGUGGUCAAUGCCGAGGUGUUUAAUGAAUUCAGGAUCUUAGACGAAGAGGGAAACGACAUAGAACCGUGCCUCAGGAACGCAUUUUCCGAUUACAUACGUGAUGAAUUUCCCCAAAUCGACGAGUACAUUCUCCGACGGCUUGUGUCUGCGAUGGUCACUCGGCGGAAAAGGAUUUUGAAUAAGAGAUCUCGUUCCGAGGCCAUCCGUGUUCACCUGCAGGAAACGAUCCCUCAGCCGACCGUCGACAUCAGGGAAUACGAGCUGCGGCAAACUGCUACCUUGGAUGUAUCUCCUGCACGUACAGAUCAGCCAAGUACAACGCCAGAAGCUAAUGACGCCAUGAAUAGGUGGUAAGUACCUGAACCUUUUGAUAGAGCAUCUCCCCCUUUGCAUCGACAUACUAACGCUUCUUCGCAGGGCACAUGAUCAAGAUGAUCUUGACGCGUAUGUUUGCCUGUUCGAACAUUGCAAUAAGCCAGAUCAGAUAUACCGCGAUACCGAAGGAUGGCUAGCUCACAUUGUUAAACAUGCACCAUUACGUUGGGAAUGUAACCUAGGGCCGUCACACCGGCUGAAAUUUGAUACCAAAGCAGAAUGGACUGCUCACGCGAAAGAGGCUCAUAGUCGAUUUGUAGAAGAACGCCAUUUAGGUGUUCUCGCAGACCGUUGUGCACGGCGAUUGCCAACAUUCGAGUCUUGCCCUUUUUGCGGAUGUAGGGAAUCCCCAAACGGCGAAAAAAUCGAGGAGCAUAUAGCGGGUCAUUUACGAUUUCUUGCUCUCAAAUAUUUGCCGCCAAAUUGCUUUGAGACCGCGGAUACCUAGGAUGGUGAGAGUGCUCUCGGGGCCUCGAACCCUUGUCAACGAAGCACCAUCGACGAAGACCCAGACCAAGACAAGGUAUGUUUCUCAUGGUAACAAACCAACAUACCUGUUUACCACUUGAUCUACAUUACCCGGAAACCUUUCAGUAAGAACCAUAGCAGAGAAGUAAUUCUUUUGAAUAUUUAUCUUUUUAGAUGCCAUUUCUUUCUUGUAUAAUAGCCUCAGUGAGUCCUACCUUUUCGUAGUGGAACGAC